AUGUACUGGCGCCGAAUCGCCGCCGGAACCCUGGCGUCCAUCCCCGUUAUAAUAUUCGCCAGCGACAACAUCGCCUCCCUGCAGAUGAUCACAGGCCGCUCCAUGCAGCCAGCGCUGAAUCCCGACAGCAACCGGCUCUGGCGCGACGUCGUUUUGGUUGACAAAAUGGUGCGCGGCCAGAUGAGCUACCAGCGACUGAGGCGUGGCGACGUCGUCACCUUCUAUUCACCGUUCAACCCAGAUCUCCUGCUGGUCAAGCGCAUUAUCGCAAUGCCCCACGACUGCGUGGUGCCGCUGGGCCGUGAAAAUUCGUUUGUGCGAGUCCCCAAGGGGCAUUGCUGGGUUGAAGGCGACGAGUCCUUCCACAGUGGCGACAGCAAUUCCUUUGGGCCCAUUCCGCUGGCUCUGGUCAAGGGCAAAGCUACCAGGGUAGUGUGGCCACCGCAGAGGUUUGGGACGGGUCUGUCUGGGAUGCCCGAGUGGAAGCUGAAGCGUGUAUUUGCCAAUGGCGUCACAAAGUUGGGGUGAGAAAUACCAGAGUGCCAGGUAGAUGUGCAUUCUCCAGUUCUUCAAAACGCUCCAGAAAAAGAGAAGGCGAUUCAGAGCUUGCUUCUCUUUUACUCUAAUCAAUACUAUUGCAAUACAUUGCACGCCAUUCGAUGGGUGUCAUGGUCCUGCUGUC